CCAAGACAAUCCCGCCAUCACCAACACCAUCACCCCCCAACCCCACCUCUCCAACGCCUACACCCCCCCACAACCACCCACCCCCCCACCCACCACCGCCCCCCACGCAACCAACCCACACACCCACACACACACACAUCCACCCCCCCCUCACACCUCCUCAACCCCCACACCGCACCCCCCACCACCACCCGCCAGCAUCCCCGAGCCACCACCACCCAACCCCUCCCGCCCCCUUCUACCCCAACAACUACGCCCCCCUCCCCACCCACCCCACCCCCCCACCACCCCCCCCCCCACCCACAACCAUCCCGACACCCCACACCCGCCGUACCUCCUAA